AAAAGUAUUUUUACACACAAAAAGAUAGUGCAAAAGAAAUCAAAAUCUCAAGUGCAAAGCAUGUCGCCAUCUAAUGUUAAAGAUUGAGACUAAACUAAAAUGGGUUAUGAACGUAAACGUGUGUUGUGAAACUAUUUAAUAUGAUGAUAGCAAAUUAAUAUUAUCACUAAUAAACUUAUUGACAAUGUCGAUCAAUACAUUAUGCGCUGCAUUUCGCAAAAUUGCAGUGGGCAGAAUAAGUACUGUUGCUGCUACAAGAUAUUCAACACAUCAAUUAAAUUGUGAUGUAAUUUUUCGUUUAACAUCUAAUAAUCAUGGUAUACCAGAUAGUACUAAGUCCGAUGGUAUCAAAUUUAUACCAGGAACGCUUAACAUCGAUUUUGGGAUACGUACAAAUAGAAAUUUAAUAAGAAAUAUUAUUGAAAUGCCUGUUGCAAAGAUUCCUCCAUUGCAAGAGCCUGUAAAGCGCUUACCCAUUCAGUAUGAUGUACCUACAUUGGAAAAAUCUAUAGACCUACCCACAAGUGGACAAAUUUUUGAGAAACAAGCGGUACGUUUAAUUGUAAUCAGGCGUAAGAAGAUGAAGAAACAUAAGCGAAGGAAACUGCGUAAGAAGAUGAAGUUUGUAUGGGCAAAGUUAAGGCAUAAACGAAACGUAAAGAGGGAAAAGCUUUUCCAGGCAGGGUUAAUUGAUAAAAUUAAACAAGCACAAGCAUUUGACGCUAAAGAAUAUGUUAAGGAGAGACUCAAUAUUUUAAACAAGGAAAAAAUACCGAGGACUUACAGAGGCGAGAUUAUACCUACCCAGAUGAUUAAACAAUUUAGAGAUGAGAAAAAGGCGAGAAAAGAAGCAUUGCGUAAUAAACCUCGUUUAACAUUAUAAUCUAUGUAUAAAAUCGUGUAACAAUAAAUCUUUUAUGUUAAUUAA